AUGGGGGGGAUCCAUGGGGUGGGCCCAUGGGGGGGCCCAUGGGGUGACGCGGGCGCGCAGUCCUCGUGCUCGUCCCAGGAGCGCCUGCAUCAGCUGCCGGCUCAGCCCACGCCGGAGGAGCUGCGCUUCCUCUCCCGACACUUUGGCAGCUCUGAGAGCCUGGCUGAGGAGGAAGGAGGGGGUCGAGGGGGGUCAGCCCCCCGCCCCAGGUCCCGCAGCCUCAGCCCCGGACGUUCGCCCUCAUCCCAUGACAAUGAGAUCGUGAUGAUGAACCACGUGUACAAGGAGCGCUUCCCCAAGGCGACGGCGCAGAUGGAGGAGAGGCUGGAGGAGUUUGUGCGGAGCUGCGGCCCCGGGGGGACCCCACUGGCUGAUGGAGCUCUGAGCUUCAUCCAGCACCAACUGGCAGAGCUGGCACGGGACUGCCUGGCCAAGGCACGGCACGGCCUCAUCACUGCUGGGUACUUCUAUGAGCUGCAGGAGAACAUGGAGCGGCUGCUGCAGGACGCCUACGAGCGCUCGGAAUCAGAGGAGGUGGCCUUCAUCACGCAGCUGGUGAAGAAGCUCCUCAUCAUCAUCUCCCGCCCUGCGCGGCUGCUGGAGUGCCUGGUCAGACCCGGGACCCCCCACACCACCCCAAAGAACCCCCAGACCCCCCUUCUCAUCCCGCACUGCCCCAAACAUCCCACAGGACCCAUCCUUCCUGCACCACUGGGGUGGGGGGAUGGGGGCACACGGGAAGCACACGCGUGUGCGUGGUGCGAGCAGAUCCUUGACCCGUGCACACACACAGCUGACUUUGCACGCACAUCCUCGGAGUUCGACCCAGCUGAGUUCUACCAGCUGCUGACGGCGGCGGAGGGGCAGGGGCUGCUGAAGGCCGACAUCCCACGCUACAUCAUCGGGCAGCUGGGGCUGGCAAGGGACCCCUUCCCUGAUGUGGUACACCUGGAGGAGCCCGAUAGUGGUGGCUGCAACACCCCAGAGCCUGAGGAGGGGGCUGAGGCCCGCAGCGCUGUCCCCAGACCCAAGAAACCACCAGGUGAAAACGACUUCGAGACCAUCAAACUCAUCAGCAACGGCGCCUACGGGGCAGUGUAUUUGGUGCGGCACCGCGCCACGCGGCAGCGCUUCGCCAUGAAGAAGAUCAACAAGCAGAACCUGCUGCUGCGCAACCAGGUCCAGCAGGCCUUCGUGGAACGCGACAUCCUCACCUUUGCUGAGAACCCCUUCGUCGUCAGCAUGUUCUGCUCCUUCCAGACCCGCCGCCACCUCUGCAUGGUCAUGGAGUACGUGGAAGGCGGGGACUGCGCCACGCUGCUGAAGCACAUCGGGGCGCUGCCGCUGGAGCUGGCGAGGCUCUACUUUGCCGAAACCGUGCUGGCCUUGGAAUACCUGCACAACUACGGCAUCGUGCAUCGCGACCUCAAACCCGACAACCUCCUGAUCACAUCGCUGGGCCACGUGAAGCUGACGGACUUCGGGCUGUCCAAGAUGGGGCUGAUGAGCCUCACCACCAACCUGUACGAGGGGCACAUGGAGAAGGACGCCAGGGAGUUCCGCGACAAGCAGGUGUGCGGUACUCCCGAAUACAUCGCGCCGGAGGUGAUCCUGCGUCAGGGCUACGGGAAACCCGUGGACUGGUGGGCAAUGGGAAUCGUCCUCUAUGAGUUCCUGGUGGGCUGCGUCCCCUUCUUCGGGGACACCCCCGAGGAGCUUUUCGGGCAGGUCAUCUCGGAUGAGAUCCUGUGGCCAGAGGGGGACGAGGCUCUACCCCCUGAUGCGCAGCACCUCAUCUCCUGCCUGCUGCAGACCGACCCCCUGCGACGCCUGGGGGCGGGCGGAGCACAGGAGGUGAAGGCUCACAGCUUCUUUGCAGCGCUGGAUUGGACCGGCCUGCUACGGCAGAAAGCUGAGUUUGUGCCCCAUCUGGAGUCUGAGGAGGACACGAGUUACUUUGACACACGCUCGGACCGCUACCCCCACAUCACCUCCUAUGAGGAUGAGGACACGACAGAGGAUGAACCCGUGGAGAUCCGGCAGUUCUCAUCCUGCUCCCCGCGCUUCAGCAAGGUGUACAGCAGCCUGGAGCAGCUCUCUCAGCAGCCGGAGCCAAAGGCAGCCAAAGGACGGCCGCGGGAUGAGGGACGACGGGAGGGCAUCGCCAGGGAGCGGGGCUGGCGCACGGCGUCCCCUGAGCUGAAGCGCCCACCAGCGCCUGAGCCCCCCCCAGCUGAAGGGGACAGCAGCCCCCCACCCGGUGCCCGGCGUCGCUUCUCGGCCCUACUGGAACCGGGACCCCCCCGCAAUGGGGUCCCCCCCCGAGACGGCCCAACCGAGAGCACCCCAGAGGAGCCAGGUGACCGGGUGCAGCCCACCCCCCGCACUGAGCUGGGGCUGCGGCGGCCGCGACACCCAGGGGUGACCCCCGAAGGGGGGGCUGAUAAACGCAGCCCCCGUGGACCUGGAAAGGUCACCAAAUCGGCAUCGGCCACCGCGCUGUCUGUCAUCAUCCCCAGCGGGGAGGCGGCCGGCUCCUCUCCCCUGGGCAGCCCCAUGUCCCCACGCUCGCUGUCCUCGGAUCCGUCUUCACGGGAUUCCUCCCCCGGGAGGGAAUUGGCCCCCGCCGUGGCUGCCCCCCGUUCUCCCAUCGCCAUCCCACGACCCGGCAAGAAGUUUGGCUUCACUCUGCGUGCCAUCCGAGUCUACCUGGGGGACAGCGACGUCUACAGUGUGCAUCAUGUCGUCUGGCACGUGGAGGAGGGGGGCCCGGCACAGGAGGCGGGGCUGUGUGCAGGGGAUCUCAUCACCCACGUCAACGGGGAGCCCGUGCACGGGUUGGUGCACACCGAGGUGGUGGAGCUCAUCCUGAAGAGCGGCACCAAGGUGCUGGUGAGCACCACUCCCUUGGAGAACACCUCCAUCCGCCUCGGGCCCGCUCGGCGCCGCAGCGCCCGUGCCAAAAUGGCUCGCAGGAACCGCCGGGGCGGCGCCGGGAGCGGCCACGAGAGGCGGCGCAGUGCGCUCUUCCGCCACCUCGCGCGGCAGGCGUCCCUGCUGCACACGAGCCGCUCGCUGACGUCUCUCAGCCGCUCGCUCUCCUCCUCCGACAGCCUCCCCGCCUCUCCCACGCACGCGCGGGCGCGGGAUCCCGCCCACCCGCCUCGCGCCGCCGAGACAGGGCCGUCCCCGCCCAGCAGCUCCCCGGGCUCCAGCGCUCCCCCGUCGCCGGCUCCGGGCCCGCAUCUCCGCCCCAGCUCUCUGCAGGGCCUCUCCCCGAAGCUGCAGCGGCAGUACCGGGCAGCGCGCUGCAAGUCGGCGGGCAGCAUCCCGCUCUCGCCGCUCGCCCACACCCCUUCGCCGCCCGCCGCCUCGCCGCCCGCUUUCCCCGCCAAGUUGCACGCAAAGCCCGCGGACUCUCCGCGCCUCGCCCGCCGGCCCGGCCCUGACAAGUCUGCUGCCCGCAAGUUGGGUCUCGAGCCCCGCAAGGACUUCCCGCCCGAACCCUCGCUGCACAGCUUGGCCGAGUGGGACGGGGAGAGCCCCGGUGAGGCCCCACCGGUCCCUGCCCGUCGCCUGGGCCGCCAGGAGCCGCCGCUGCUGCUGGGGAAUGCGGGGGCCGAGGCGGUCCCCAAAGCGCUCAGCCCCGUGCAGGAGCACCGGGCCGUGCCCCCGGUGCCCAUCGUGGUGGUGGGGUCGGGGUCAGCUCCCCCCGCUGCCACCCCCACCCCCGGGGAUGGGGAGAGGACCCCCGCAAAGCGCUGAGCCCCCCCCUUGAAUCCCCCCAGCCGCUGUACAUAAUGGGGCCCCAGAGCGUCGCAGGCACUUCUGCACCCCAUGUACACAAAGGGUUCAUACUGUGACACCCCCACAGCCCUUCUGCUUCCCCACAGCGUUGCUUCCCCCACCCCCAGCUCCGUUUUUGCCCUUGCUGAUGUCACAGCGGUGAUGUCACCGUGGAGAGGGAUUGAUGAUGUCACAGCGCUGAGUGACGUCACUGCCGGCACAGGGGGAGUGAUGAUGUCAGUUCCAACAGGGAGGGCAGAAGCGUUGAUGUCACAGUGCGGUGUCACUGAUGCUGGUGGGGUGGUGAUGUCAUAGCUGUGAUGUCACCAACGUGGCACCGUUCCAGCCGUAGGGAUGGGGGAAUGCUCCUUGCCGUGUGCUGAUGUCACUGCUGUGAUGUCACAGCACAGCCCCAACACCACUGGAUGACAUCACUGACCCUUUGUGACAUCCCGACGUCACACCCCACCCCACCCCCCCAUUCUUGCUAUGCAAACGACCCUGGGACGCUGCGGCCCUCUGGGAUUUGGGGCUCGGGGGCCACGGGGAUCAAUAAAGUGUGUACAGAUCUGCCCGGCCCUGCUGUGCUGUUUAUUUG